AUGACUUUCAUCGCCAAGACCUUCUACGACCUGAAGGCCACCAAGCUGGAGGGCGACUCGGUGGACUUCAACGUGUUCCGGGGACGAGUGGUGCUCAUCGAGAACGUGGCCUCGCUCUGAGGCACCACCACCCGGGACUUCCGCGAGCUCAACCAACUUCAGAGCAAGUACCCCCAUCGGCUGGUGGUCCUGGGUUUCCCCUGUAACCAGUUUGGAUAUCAGGAGAACUGCUCCAACGGCGAGAUCCUGAGCUCCCUGCAGCAUGUGCGUCCAGGCGGCGGCUUUCAGGCCGGCUUCACCAUGUUUGAGAAGUGUGACGUCAAUGGAACAAACACGCAUCCCGUGUUUGCCUAUCUGAAGGACAAGCUCCCCUACCCCGACGACGACCCCAAAUCCUUCAUGCAGGACCCCAAGUUUCUGGUUUGGAGUCCUGUCUGCAGGACGGACGUGUCUUGGAACUUUGAGAAAUUCCUCAUCGGGCCUGAAGGAGAGCCCUUCAAGAGAUACAGCAAAAUCUUCCCCACCAUUGACAUCGAGCCCGACAUUCAGAGAUUGUUAAGAUUAACUAAGAACUAA